GUGCGGUGGAAGGAGGGGGCGGGGAGGGAAGCGGAGGCUGGGCGCUCCAGGCCGGCCGGAGGUGGCGGCGGCGGCGGCGGCGGCGGCGGCGGCGGCGAGGCCGAGACUCGGGCUGAGAGCCUGUUGUGGCGGCAGCGGCGGACUCCGACAUCAGCAGCGGGUUUCUCUGGAAACCCCCCUGGUAAGUGUGGAGGAGGCGGGACACUCUGACCCAAGACAAAAGACCUGUAGCUCCAGCCAAAGAAAAUAAACCUUAGGAGGGAGACCGAAAAAGAAAGAAAGAAGUCCAUCAGCUGUUCUUGAGAACAGCCUGCAUUGGAAUCUACUGAGAGGACGGCUGAUGUGAGUGAGGAAGGGACUGUAUGUGGACUGUGGAGACAGUAAGUUGCCAGGGCCCUGAGUUCCUGGACUGGGUUAGUAACAGUUGAACUUUCAGAGGUGAGGUGUCAAGAAGGGAAAAGUGAAUGUGGUCCGGAGUGUGGCCUUGGCUCCACAGGGUGUGCUUUACUCUGGGGCCAUCAGGGAGCUCAGCCCCUGUGUUCUGCCAGGGUGGGGAACAGGGUCUUGCAUUGAGGAGGGUAACCUGCUGGCUGGAGUGGCAGAGCAGUGGCCUUGAUUUGUCUUGUGGAAGAUUUAAAAACAAAAAAGCAUAAACAUUCUGGUCCUUCAGCAAUGCUUUCUCUGAAGAAAUACUUAACGGAAGGACUUCUCCAGUUCACCAUUCUGCUGAGUCUGAUCGGGGUGAGGGUGGACGUGGAUACUUACCUGACUUCACAGCUCCCUCCACUCCGGGAGAUCAUCCUGGGGCCCAGCUCUGCCUAUACUCAGACCCAGUUCCACAACCUGAGGAACACCUUGGAUGGCUAUGGUAUCCACCCCAAGAGCAUAGACCUGGACAAUUACUUCACUGCCCGGCGGCUCCUCAGCCAGGUGAGGGCCCUGGACAGGUUCCAGGUGCCAACCACUGAGGUAAAUGCUUGGCUGGUUCACCGGGACCCGGAGGGGUCUGUCUCUGGCAGCCAGCCCAGCUCAGGCCUCGCCCUCGAGAGUUCCAGUGGCCUCCAAGACGUGACGGGCCCAGACAACGGGGUGCGAGAAAGCGAAACGGAGCAGGGAUUCAGUGAAGAUUUGGAGGAUUUGGGGGCUGUAGCCCCUCCAGUCACUGGAGACUUAACCAAAGAGGAUAUAGAUCUGAUUGACAUCCUUUGGCGACAGGAUAUUGAUCUGGGGGCUGGGCGUGAGGUUUUUGACUACAGUCAUCGCCAGAAGGAGCAGGAUGUGGAUAAGGAGCAGCAAGAUGGAGGAGAACAAGAGGACACCUGGGCAAGCGAGGGCACGGAAGCUCUGGCCAGAGACCUGCUAGUAGAUGGAGAGACUGGGGAGAGCUUCCCUGCACAGUUCCCAGCAGAUGUUUCUAGCAUCACAGAAGCAGUGCCUAGUGAGAGUGAGUCCCCAGCCCUUCAGAACAGCCUCUUAUCUCCUCUUCUGACUGGGACAGAGUCACCAUUUGAUUUGGAACAGCAGUGGCAAGAUCUCAUGUCCAUUAUGGAAAUGCAGGCCAUGGAAGUGAAUACAUCAGCAAAUGAAAUUCUGUACAGUGCCCCUCCUGGAGACCCUCUGAGCACCAACUAUAGCCUUGCCCCCAACACUCCUAUCAAUCAGAAUGUCAGCCUGCAUCAGGCGUCCCUAGGGGGCUGCAGCCAGGACUUCUCCCUCUUCAGCCCUGAGGUAGAGAGCUUACCUGUGGCCAGCAGCUCCACACUGCUUCCACUGGUUCCCAGCAACUCCACCAACCUCAAUUCUACCUUUGGCUCUACCAGUCUGGCAGGGCUUUUCUUUCCACCCCAGCUCAAUGGCACAGCCAAUGACACAGCAGGCCCUGAGCUACCAGACCCCCUGGGGGGCCUGUUAGAUGAAGCCAUGCUGGACGAGAUCAGCCUGAUGGAUCUGGCCAUUGAGGAGGGCUUCAACCCCGUGCAGGCUUCCCAGCUUGAGGAGGAGUUUGACUCUGACUCAGGCCUCUCCUUGGACUCUAGCCAUAGCCCUUCCUCCCUGAGCAGCUCUGAAGGCAGCUCUUCUUCCUCUUCCUCCUCAUCUUCCUCCUCAUCUUCCGCUUCCUCUUCUGCUUCUUCCUCCUUUUCUGAGGAAGGUGCUGUUGGCUACAGCUCUGACUCAGAGACCCUGGAUCUGGAAGAGGCUGAGGGCGCAGUGGGCUACCAGCCGGAGUACUCCAAGUUCUGCCGCAUGAGCUACCAGGAUCCUUCUCAGCUCUCUUGCCUUCCCUACUUGGAGCAUGUGGGCCAUAAUCACACGUACAAUAUGGCACCCAGUGCCCUUGACUCUGCUGAUCUGCCACCACCCAGCACCCUCAAGAAAGGCAGUAAGGAGAAACAGGCUGACUUCCUGGACAAGCAGAUGAGCCGGGAUGAGCACAGAGCCCGUGCUAUGAAGAUCCCAUUCACCAACGACAAAAUCAUCAACCUGCCUGUGGAGGAGUUCAAUGAGCUGUUGUCCAAAUACCAGCUGAGCGAGGCCCAGCUGAGUCUCAUCCGGGACAUCCGGCGCCGGGGCAAGAACAAGAUGGCUGCACAGAACUGCCGAAAGCGCAAGCUGGAUACCAUCCUGAACCUAGAACGUGAUGUAGAGGACUUGCAGCGUGAUAAGGCCCGAUUGCUUCGAGAAAAGGUAGAAUUUCUACGGUCGCUGCGACAGAUGAAGCAGAAGGUCCAGAGCCUGUACCAGGAGGUGUUUGGGCGGCUGCGGGAUGAGAAUGGGCGGCCCUACUCACCCAGUCAGUAUGCACUUCAGUAUGCUGGGGACGGCAGUGUCCUUCUCAUUCCCCGCACGAUGGCUGACCAGCAGGCCCGGCGACAGGAGAGGAAGCCAAAGGACCGGAGGAAGUGAGCCUAAGGAGGCAGGGGGUGGACACUCACCAAGACCGAAACUGGAGAAGGGCUGGGCCUGGACCUAACAUCGGGGACUUAAAUGCCUUCUUAUCUAAUAGAUUUUCUCAGAUGGGAUGACUGCAGGUCAGUGCACAGGAAGAAGCGGGUGCAGGCACUGUCUGGCUCAUCUUCCCCAUUGGGGGUAGGUGGAAAUGUCCAGACCAUUUGAGUGAUGGGGGUCCCCAACCUACCCCCUUUCUCAAGACGGGAAGGGUAUUGGCAUGCUGGUGGAGGUAGAGGAGCUGUGUGGAAUGAAGGCUGACAAAGGGAAAGGGAGGGACUAUGAGAGGAGAGAAAGUAGUAGGAAGUCUCAUUCCUGGAAGGAAAAAUGGAAGAUGAAAGGACCCCCCCCCCCCAAA